AACAAGCUCCGUUUACUUCAACCACGUGCUACCAUCACCUUAAUCACGUGACCCAGACAAAAGCAUUUUAGUGUGAAAAAAACUGGAAAUGAGCUCAGUUAAGAUAGGUAUAAUUGGAGGUACUGGUCUGGAUGAUCCUGAUAUUCUAGCAAAAAGAGAAGAAAAGAAAGUGACGACUCCUUUUGGAGAUCCUUCAGAUUCAUUAGUAACUGGUGAGAUAAGUGGAACACCUUGUGUACUAUUAGCAAGACAUGGUCGCAAGCACACCAUAUCUCCUUCUAAUGUCAACUAUCGUGCCAACAUAUGGGCCUUGAAGGAAGAGGGUUGUACCCACGUACUGGUGACCACUGCCUGUGGGUCACUCAGGGAAGAGAUCAAACCAGGGGACCUUGUGAUACUGGACCAGUUUAUUGACCGGACGAUUAAAAGAGAGAAUAGCUUUUAUGAUGGAACUACUAACUGUCCAGUGGCUGGAAUAUGUCACCUACAAAUGGACUUACCUUUCUGUGAAAAGACAAGACAAAUAUUAAUAUCAGUAUGUGCUGAACUGGGUCUGUCCCACCACACUAAAGGCACCACUAUCACUAUUGAGGGCCCAAGGUUCUCCACUAAAGCCGAGAGCCUCUUAUUCCGUCAGUGGGGCGGACAUAUUGUGAACAUGACUACAGUACCGGAGGCGUGUCUUGCAAAAGAGGCGGGGCUUUGCUACGCUAGUAUAGCACUACCAACUGACUAUGACUGCUGGAGGGAUACUGGAGAACCAGUUAAUGUGGCGCUUGUUAUGAAGACUUUGGAAGAAAAUGGAGAAAAAGCGAAAAAUUUACUCCUCAAAGCAGUGCCAGCCAUUGCUAAAGAAGAAUGGACUCAAACUCUGAAAGACAAUCAAGUAAUUGAACCUCACAGCAUAAGGACAUUAAUAAUUGUAGUAUUGGAAGCUGAAAUUAGAAUACUUGCGAUUGUACGUAAACCACAAUUAGCGUAUCUUUAG